AUGGGACGCCAUCAGAACCGAUGGCAUCGAGAUAUUGACAAUAUCAGAGCGAGACUAAAUGCCUUUGAUCUGAACUAUGGCGACUCCACGUUCCUCGCCCAGCUAAGAAAAGUAACGGAUAAUUACUUGAAGAAAAAGAAGUCUCUGACCUGUGCUCAGCGAAGCACUCGACUGACAGCACUAAUUAAAGCUCAUCAUGAUAAAUCCGUCGCGAUUUCUGCAUGUGGCCAUAUGCUUAACAGACCGGCAGUGAGAGAUAUCCUUAUGAAUGAGUUUGCUAUCCGCCCAAACGAUGACGCCAGUGUUGUGGGCUAUCUCAGGGCUAUCAUCGCUGUCCACCGUGCCAACCCUUCCAUUGUGUGCGACGUCGAAGAGAGACGCGCCCGGCUAUUCAUCUUACUCCUCCUUGAAGAUCACGACAAUCUUCUACGGCACCUUCGAGACUUCUUUUCGUUUGAAGAUCCUGAUAUCUUGUAUGAUCUAUUCCCCACCGGGUACAUCGACGCUACAAUUCACAGACUGUGCUCCAAAUUCGCGGAUCGGCUUCGGGUGUUUGAAACAAGUUGUCAGUGGGCUCUUGCCUUCCGAGCCGUGGAAUGGUUGUCCAGUCUUAUUGGCAUUUCACCAAGACUGGAGGCCAUCUUGAACAGUUCACUUCCACAUUGGAGGUCGUGGGCUCGAUGGCACCCAACAGAGCGAGGAUUGGUCACUUCUCAGUGCCUGGCAGACAAGAGCCAGCUUCUCGAUGUUCUCGCUCUGGAUGGACCAGACUUGAUUUAUCAGACGCAUACAUCGCUUCUGGAUGGGCUGCUCUCACGAGCUGCCAGCCAAAGAGAAAAGUCGAUAUGCCAUGGCCAAUUCUUCGUCUGGUUUGACAACGACAGAGGAAUAAGUGCGCGGCAAUUUGUAAAUCGCGUAUUGUCUUUCCUCCCUGGGCCGCGUCUCCCAUCAAGGCAUGCGAUUGACCUCUUUGACCAUCUUUGCUUGCGCAACGCUGUCGAUAUCAGAACUCUGGAGACCCUGGAAAAGGUCGCCGUCAUACAGGAUCCUGAUCUGUUGGCUUCUGUUUCUGACAUCCUCACUUCACCGGACCACUCAGUGCAAAUGUCCGCGAUGAUCAACAUCCUGAAUGCUUUGCCCUCCCAAGGAAGCCCAGGCCUGCUGGAAUGCCUGUCCCCAAACUUGAAAGAUGUAGCUCAGAAUGGAAUCACGGCCAUGCAGGACAAUUUCUGCGAGCUGAUCCAGAACCAGAGCAAUCCCCAAGGGAUUGUGUGCCAGCUAAAUUCUCUGGCCCAAAUCUUGAAGACGUGUCCACAGAUCAGAGACCUUCUCGACUCUCAAUUCCGGUCUUUCCUAGAUGUUUGGCCACCAGUGCAAGAGAUCGGGGCACUACUAAGACUUCGGGCCGACAUGGUGAGCGUCACGUACCUCGGAGAUCCUUUGACCGCCAUGGUCGAUUCGUACUGCAUGGCUCGUAUAGCUGGACGCGGCACUAUCUAUCAUGCAUCACAGACUGCCAUGGAAGUAUUACUUCGGCACUGGCAACAGCCUCCUCAUGCUCCACACCGCCACCUUGUGUUGUCACUUAUAUCUUGUUCAACCUUCUCUUCUCAUCAGAGACUUGAGUGCGUUUCUCAGAUUGAUCAUGUUGACACGGACUACCUCGAGGAUAUUGAUACGAUCGUGCGGACGGGCUCUGAAAUGUCCUGCGCAUGUCUUGCCCGACUGAUUCUUUCUAGAGGAUUUUCGAGGAAUAAUGAUCGGACAUGUUGGCGGGCUUUGCUCCAUUGGAUGAUGAAAAAGAGAAACUCUACUCUCCUUGAAUACAGCGUUAGUCAUAUGGAAGUCGUAGCGUGGUUUGACUUCCUCCAGAAUCUGCGGGCUAUCUUUGGCAGUCAGUCGGAUCUUCCCACUCAAGAACUUUUCAUCCUGCAACCGGGGUUGCACUGCUGGUCACGGUGUCUGGAAUCUAACUACCUCGGAAUCCUUUUGCUCUUGGAAACCAAGGCGGAAUUCAAAUCUCUGGUGGAAUGGAUCCUAAAAGGCUGGCAACAAAGAGAGACCGUCAUGAAAUUAUUGAACUUCUUUCAAGGUGACGAUGACUUCGAUCGGAAUCCUAUCCUCCAAGCGUUUACCAACCUCAAAGCCGACGUUCGCCAUGCUGACGAGAAAGUCUGGAAGGUAAUGGCGAGCGUAACUUCCACUAGUAUACGUGGUACAGAGGCUUGCUUGCACAUACUGAAUCUCCAUCAACAGUCCUUGCGGUCCAUGGCGGAAGUUUCCUUUUUUGGCUGGCAUCAAGCGGGACUCACUCCUGCGGACAGGGGUGCACUUCGCGAGCUAGCUGCGCUACUCGAUUUGAGGCCCUGUCCGACUCGAAUCACGGAGCCCGAAACAUUGCAGGAAGCAUCCUGGCUCAUCGAACGAAGAUAUGCUGAAACCAUCAAGCAAGCAAUGGGUCUCGGACCUCUGCGUACUGCUCUUGAAAGGCACGAUGCGAGUUGGGCGAAAGGCUUUCUCGGAAGCCUGGGAAUUGAAGAAGGACCGCCCUCUCUCGCUGGCACAGGCAUUCCGUCAGCAUUGGUAGACGUCGUGGAUACAACGGAGGAUGGCUUGCUUGAAAUGUGCUUUCCUCUUGACCACUUAAGGCCACUCCAACGCAAGGCGAUGUGUCUCAAUAAUGAGGAAUCACUUUUGGUGAUUAGGAUGGGUAUGGGUGACGAACAACAAUCUCCUCGCUUUUGCAUUCACCUCCAUCCCGAGGCAAGUGCCCUGACGUCUUCACAUCGAUAUUGCGACGUACGCCGUGGAGCCGUGAUACCAGACUUAGAGCCAUGUCAUGUUAGCCCGAACAGAGCCAUUUACCAGCUCAGCCGAAUCGUCUUUCGGUAUCUACAAUCUCCAGCCCCGUCGGUGAUGGAGGCGUAUGAAAUCAUCUCAUCGGCGAUUGACGACCUGGGGCACACCUGUUUGGUUUGCUCAAACAAGCUUUCACAUCCGUUAAUUCGAUCAACAACGUGCCAGAACUCCUGCUACGCGCAAUUGCGGCGUUCGCAUCUCGAACACCGCGUUGGUGACCUCAGAGACAACCCUGCCGUCGUCGAUCUUAUUCUUUCAUCAAUCCAUGCCUCUGCUGCCGCUGGCAACGACUCUGUUCUCUUGGAUGGGUGUCCCAUUCAAAAUUCAGCAGAUAUUCUAGCGCGACUCAACAGGAUUCCAAGACUAGCACCUCUGGCAAGUUCUGGAAGCCUAGCGCUGUCAGUGAGGAAUCUCGGUAGAGAGUGCGAAGCACUCCUGUCGUGGGCUUGCAUUAGUUACCGUGGCUUCAUUGUCCCGGCAACCGACUUGUUGAAAAUCCCCAAUAUGCCUGGGGUCAAGCAAUUUGUGCUGGCCAAUACAUUCCCGGAACUGGAAGCAAAAUUCGCUGUGAAACUGGGUACAUCCAAUCGAGGAGCAUCGGCAACGAAUACUAGGGUUGUCUUCCAUGGAACUACGCUCGACCGAUUGUACCCAAUCCUGCGAAAUGGGUUGAAGAUCUACAGCACUCCACCCCUUCGACAGAACGGACACGCGUACGGAAGCGGUCUAUAUGUAGCCGCGGAGCCGGUCACAUCAUUGAGUUAUGCGCGUAGUGGCACCCUUGCAAACGCCUCAGGCUGGACGAAGGGAACUCUGAGAAAUCAUUCCCGUCUGGUUUUAGGCUGUGAACUGAUUGAUGUUCCUACCACUGCAAACCCUUCUUCUGGAGUUUAUGUGGUCCGAGAUAUGGAUGCCAUUAUAGUGCGGUAUAUCUUUUUAUUUCCCGAUAAUGAUAAUAAUCAGCCGGUGGCGAGGCACAUUGUUCCGGCCAUGCAGAGCUCGUUCGCUUCUUUGAGAGCGAGAUCUGUGUGA